AUCAGUUACUUUGAGACGAACUAAUGACUUUUACUAUGUCAGUUUGACUUGCAGAUCAUCUCAAAUUUGUUUGUUACUCAGUUGAUCAAACAUCAAAACCAAACUACACUCACACUUACAGUUUACAGUCUCUGGUUCACCUGUAUUUCUUUUAACUGUGAAGGGAAACCCAUACAAUUACAGACAGGUGACAAAGUAAAGAAAAACCCAGAGACGGCCAUUAAAUGCUUUGAUGGGUAUUAAAUUGGUGUAUGUCAUAAGCUAUGGCUGUCAGAGUUACCAGAUCUCAACCCAGUUGAACACCUAUGGGAAAUUUUGGACGUUGCAGCGCUCUCCACCCCCAUCAACAAAACACCAAAACACCACUUGUAGAAUCAAUGCCAAAGCACACUAAAGCUGUUUUGGCAGCUUGUGGUGGCUCUGUACCUGACUAAGACUUGGUUUUUCCUUGAAUUUGUCACCUGUUUAUACAUGCAAACGCCAUAAAGGGCCCAGAAACUGGUUGAUUUGAACACAGAACCCUCACACUUUUUGAGUUGCUUUUACCCUCAUAGGAUUUGUGCCAAUCAAGUCAAAUGCGAACCAGCUGCUCCACCUGUCACACUCUUGAGUCUCAGCAACCAAAGAUGGAGACCUGCAGUACAGACUUUGUUUUGGUGGCAUUUAUUUCUUUAUCACUGCUCCUUUUGAAAUGUGAAGCUCAUGCUACUUCAAAACAAUUUCAAGCAACAACCAUGUUUAAUAACAGAUCACUUUGUCAUGAUGGGUUCAUGUCUGUUUACAUAUCAAAGGAGCAGUUUGCUGACCUUCCUUUCACUAUUUAUAUUCAAGGUGAGUCAGACGCUAAGGAUAAAGCUUAUCAAUGAUAACACAUGACUUUAAAGUGGUUGUGUUUGCUCUGUUCUGUUCCUGUUUGUGUUCACAUUUACACACAGACGAACAUGGUGGAUAUUACCAAGCCACUGCAAUAGCAAAAUGGUGCCGCUACUUCCUUGGAGAAAAGGACACCUUUGUUAUCUUUACAGUUGCUUCCAAUGGCUGUUUUGUGAAAAGACAACACUUGCAGACAGAGGAAGAGUUGAAAUUGUCAAGCCGAUACCUCUGAUCUGUGAAAGAAAAAUGAAAGAAGCAAGCAAAAAGGGCUAUCAACCCGUCCCAAGACAGUCUUUCUGCAACAAGGAUGGGUUCAACAUUACCAUUCCCCAGAACACCACAGUCCCACCUCUGAACUUGGAUGCAGUCUGGAUCCCUUCCAGUCAAAGCCACAAAUGCAAACCCAAAAAAAGAUCCAAUGAUUCUGUCACUUUCAUCUUUCCAUUCACUGACUGUGGUGCUCAGUCCAUGGCAGCAGAUGGGAUUAUAACCUACUGGGUCAACAUUGAGGUGAAACAACAUCUGCAGAAAGGCUCUAUAUUUCGUGACACUCCUUUCCAUCUUACUGUUCGCUGUAGCUUUACAUUGUCUCAAAUGACUCAACUGGGCAUCGAGGUUCAGAGGGAAAAAAUCAGAGAAAAAACACUGAAGAGCAAAGGAAUACUAAGGACUGAAAUGAGGUUUGCCAAAGAUUCCUCUUACAUGUCGUUCUAUUCCUCUCAAGACCCUCCAACAGUGAUUGAGCUUGGCCAGCCUGUGUAUGUGGAGGUGUUUGUUCUCAAACAUGAGGACGCGGACUUGACACUGCUGCUGGAGGACUGCUGGGCCACGCCGACUGAAGACCCACAUGACCCCCAACGAUGGGACCUGCUUGUUAAAGGGUGUCCUUUCACUGGUGAUAGCCACAGAACUGUUGUGCUGCCAGUUGUCUCCAGUAAGGAGCUGACACAUCCUUCUCUUCACAAAUGGUUUGUGGUCAAGCUGUUUUCAUUUGUGAAAUCCCCAACAUCUGAAAACCAGAUAUAUUUCCACUGUGAUAUAGAGAUCUGUAAAGGGCCAGACUGCUUACAGUCCUGCAGCAAUGGAAGGCGCACAUUAAGAAGAAUUACACCAGGACCAGAGCAAAGGAUUCUUUACAGUGUAGUCUCUGGAGGACCUUUACUCUAUCUACUUUGAAUAACUAGAAAAAAGGACAGCUAAGAAGCACUGAGAUUUAAAUCAGUUCUGCCACAAAUUGGCCAUGAUUUGUAAAAUAAAUCUAUACUACUAUACUAGCACUAUAAUGGCCUUAAAUAGACUUCUGUUACAUCAUUUUCAGUCUAUCUGAAUUCAUGUCUUGAUUUUAUCAAAUUAAGCUUGACUGAUGCAUGCUGUCCCAAAACCUGACUGGAUGAGCAAUGUUACCACUUGAUAUUAAAAUGUGGUGUCUACCCAUUGCCCCACUCCAAGCACCUAUUCAACCUAGAGAGACCUAUUCAAAGAAGUACCUUUCUUAGUUACGCAUCUUAGCUAUGUAAAACCUACAGCACAUGUUAUGGGUUUUACUCUGUAAAAUUAUCCAGAUAACUUGACUCUGUUUCUCAGAAUAUGUCCCUGUUGGACAAUGACAUGUCAGUGCAAAGGCAGCCUCCUGCCUUAUGGUCUAACAAUUAAAAAGAGAGAUAGAAAAAAAAG